AUGGGAUUUGGGCCAGCGACCUUCCAGUCAGAGAUACAGCCUCUUAACAUGCUGAGCUACACACUGCUGGCUCAGACACCAAGGCAAUAUAAGGUGCUGCAUAACGACCCUCCCCAGGCUCCCGAAACCAAGAUAAGCAUUCUGCAUACCGACCUAAUGGACCUGGCUUCUUUGCAGGAGAAGGUCCUGUUCAGAGAUAGGAACCGUGACCUUGACUCUCCGAAGGGGCGCUGCGAUGUGGUGACUGUAACUCCCUGGUUGGCACCAAUUGUCUGGGAAGGAACUUUUGACCCAGUUUUAGUCGAUGCCUUAUACAAGUCAAUGAAUCUGACCAUUGCUACAACUGUGUUUGCCAUUGGAAAGUAUACCAGGUUUCUGCAUGAUUUCUUGGAAACGGCAGAAAAGCACUUCCUGGUUGACUUCAAAGUGAACUAUCACAUUUUCACUGACCAGCCGCACGAAGUGCCAGAAGUGAAUCUGGCUGCUGGACGAAAAAUCUUUGUCCAUCAGGUGCCGAAGUUAAAGCGCUGGCAGGACAUCUCCGCUUCGAGGAUGCAGAUGAUCCAGACCAUCAUUGAGGAGCAGGUUCACCGAGAGGCAGAUUACAUCUAUUGCCAGGACGUCGAUGCAAAAUUCCAUUUUCGCUGGGGUGCUGAAACACUAGAUCGACUGGUAGCUCAAAUAAGCCCUUGGUUCUAUGAUAAAGCUCGUUAUCAGUUCACUUACGAGCGGCGCCCUGAGUCUAAGGCCUAUAUUCCUCCUAGGGAGGGAGACUUCUAUUAUGCCGGAGCCAUGUUUGGGGGCACAAUUGAGGAAGUCUAUAAACUGGUUAAAAAGUGUCAUGAACAUAUAGAAGCAGACAAAGCAAAUGAAAUAGAGGCAGUCUGGCAGGAAGAGAGUCACCUAAACUGGUACCUGCUUUACAAUAAACCAUCUAAGAUUCUCUCCCCAGAGUACCUGUGGGAUGACCAGAAGGGUAAACCUAAUGUCCUGAAAGUCGUUCGCCUUUCACAUGUCCUGAAGAACUAUGCAGAAGUAAGAGAAAAUGUAUAA